GAAGGGCGGAAGCAAACCGGAAACAAGCCAAGGGAGAGGGCGGAAGACCACAACUACCAAUGUUCGGCCUUCGAGGAACAACGCGAGGCAUGAGAGAAAGGUUCCACUGGACGGGACGGGACAGGACGGGACUAGGGAAGGCUCGGCGACUGAAGCAGGCCAAGGAAGAAGCUCAGAUGGAGGUAGAGCAAUACCGUAGGGAACGGGAGCAGGAAUUCCAGAGCAAGCAGCAAGCGGCCAUGGGCUCCCAGGGGAACUUGUCAGCUGAGGUGGAGCAGGCAACACGUCGCCAGGUUCAGGGCAUGCAGAGCUCUCAGCAGCGCAGUCGUGAGCGGGUCUUGGCUCAUCUCCUGGGCCUGGUCUGUGACAUCAAGCCCUACAUCCAUCCCAACUACCGGAUUGCUGCCUAGUCACCAGUCACCCCCACCCCCCCCACUUCCUAGAACCUCAUACCUUGUCUUCCAUUCAUAUCCCAUUUUACCUAUCAUUUCCCCAGAAACUCAAGGAGUCAUCCUGUAACUCUUCCAUAUGGAACCCUAAAUCUUCUUUAGCUCCAUAACUCCCACCAGGACCUUCUGAGUUUCCUGAGAAUGAUGCCUCCUUUACACAGAAUCUAAAUUUCUAAAUUUACCCCGCAGUGAUCUUAAAACCUUGACCUUGACAGCCUGCCCUAAGAUACUUUAAUAGUGUCUAUGUAACCCUCAAGGCAAGUUAUUUAAUUUCUUCAUCUAUAAAAUGGAGACAACAAAAGUACCUACUUUACAAGUUUCUAGUGAGGAUCAAAAGAGAUAAUAUGUGCAAAGUGCUUUGGAAACCUUGAAGUAUUAAAGGCUACAUAUCAGUUAUUAAUAAAAUGUUUCCCAGAUAAGUAAAAAUCUCUCCCCAAUUGGUUUCAUUUAAGUAAUCCCAAUAACAUAAUUUAAAUGACUAUCCUUCACAUGUCUGGGUUUCCUCUUUCCUGUGACUAAUGAUGAAACUAGCUGACCUCCAUGGUUCCAUUGAUCUUAUUAUGGCUUCAAAGGUUUCUAUUUCCUCCUUACUUAUUUUUUUUCUCUCCUAGCAUUAUCUCCUUUACUUCUCCAUUCUUUUGUUUUUUCUCCUAUCCCUCAAAAUUUCUUCUUGGAAGAGACCUAUUUGACUCCUACUAUUGCCUGUCUUAACUAUAGAGGAACAUCUUGUAUUCCAUGUAAUGCUGUUAUGGGAGUAUCCCCUAUCCUUUUCCAUUUUCCUUCUCUCACACUUCAAUUUCCUAUUGGAUUCUACUCAACUGUGAAGUGAAACCAAUGUAAAUGUCAAUAAAAUAAGGUCUGAAAAA